AUGCUCGCGGCGUCAGCGCGGCGGCUGUCCGCCGCCGCCUCGUCUUCGUCUUCUUCCAUGCGCGCCAGCCAGCUCGCCGCCGCACCGAACCCACAGAGGUGGAUGCACGACAGGAGCAAGAAGGCGAUGGAGCUGGUGGCCAAGGGAUGGAGUGCGCUCCAGGAGGUCGACCGCGUCAUCGACUACGCCGACCGCAACGACAAGCGCCUCAUCCCGCUUCUAAGGGGCGCUAAGGAAAACUUUGAGCUGGCUUUGGAGAUUGACAAUGAUAAUACACAUGCGAGGUAUUGGCUGGGCAAAAUGCAUUUCAAGUAUCAUGUUCCUGGAGCUUGUAAGGCAGUUGGUGCUGCUUUGUUGGUUGAAGCUGCAAAUAUGGGUGAUCCAGAUGCACAGUAUGAACUUGGAUAUCGACUAAGAAUUGAGAAUGACUAUGUUCUGUCAGAUCAACAGGCUUUCCAUUACAUUGAGCAAGCUGUUGAUCAGCUGCACCCUGGCGCUUUAUAUCUUCUCGGUGCUGUAUAUCUAACUGGGGACUGUGUUAAGAGAGAUAUAGCUUCCGCGUUGUGGUGUUUUCAUAGAGCUUCAGAAAAGGGACAUGCUGGUGCUGCUGUCGCAUAUGGAUCCUUGCUUCUUAAAGGUGUUGAAAUACCUGAAGUGAUUACAAGAUUCAACUCAGGCAAGAGUCCAUCAACUGGGAAAAUGCGGAAAAGGAACCUGCAGCAGGAUUCAAUAAAGCUAGCUAAAGCACAGUUUCAAGUUGCAGCUGAGGCAGGCUGUGAUCUCGGUUUGCGGUGGUUGAAGAGGCUUGAAGAUUAUGAAAACCAAGAAGAAAAGCUAAAGCAGAUCCAGCAUUGA